AUUAAAGACGGUCAAAACAAAAAUUUCAUGAAAUUUGAAUGAGGUCUAAAACGGUUAGUUGUCCAAAGGGCGGUCGCGUUUUCUUCAUAUGAACCCUAAUCCAAAAGCUCAUGAGAUUUGAAUGAGUUAAAGUAAAGUUGCCCUUAAAUUUGUGAAAAGUGUGUUUCGAAGAGGAUGAACAAACGUUUAGUUGUAACAGCACUGGAAGGGGGUCGCCUCUUCCUCAUUAAACCCUACAUCCUAUAUACCCAGAACCCUAAUUGAUCCAAUCCCAAAAUUGCAUCCAAGGUCUGUCAUUCGAUCAGAUUAACUUUCAAAAUGCCAUACAAUGAAGACGAAUCCUCCGGCAGCGACUCCGAUGCCGGAUUUGACGAAGAUAUGGAAGCCCUAAGAAAGGCCUGCUCUGUCACAGGUGUCGACGAUUCUGUCGACGACCCCCCCAAAGCAUCCACCACCUGUAGCGAUUCUGGUGACACCUAUGCGUCUGAGGAUGAAGACAUAGAAUUACUGCGUAGCAUUCAACAACGUUUUUCUGUUCCAACCAACGAUAUUGGCAGUGAACAAUAUCCUAUUUCUAUGAAACCGUUAAGCAUCAUUAUGCCCUCUGGUUUAUCGGAUGACAAUGAGGAUUAUGGUGAAGAUUUUGAAACUCUCCGUGCUAUUCAACGACGAUUCUCGCAGUACCACGAUAGCAAGAACAGCAACAAGGAGAGUUCUGUACAGAGACCAGAGCAGGUUGGUGCAACUAACAUAGAAUUGGAAAAGGAAUCUUCCCCUAAUUUUUUUGUAAAGAGUAUUAACAAUGGACAAGGGUUUCCAGAUUGUGUAGAUGGAAGCAACACCAAUCAGAAUUUGGAAUUAUCCAGUAACAUUACCCCUGAGACUCCUUAUGCAAAUGUGAGUGAAUGGCAUGAGCCUGGUUCUGAAAUUAUUCCAGCCCCAGAUUGUGGUUUUCCAAGAUCUGCACAGGCAUUUGUUGAAGCCAUCAAGAAGAACAGGAUAUGCCAGAAGUUUAUACGUAAUAAAAUAGGACAGAUUGAAGCAAGGAAAAAAACAGGCCGAGCAUUGUCUCAGAAAAAGGAUCCACGCAUCCAGCUAAUUUCAGUUCCAAAACAGAGAUCUAAUGCGGCUAAGGAUAAAGAAAUGCAUGCAAUUAAUCAAGGCCCUGCUGAAAAUUCCCAUGUUGCAGAUUAUAGAGAUGCAAUGUCAAAAUAUCCAUUCUCUUUGAUUAGGGAACCUUGGUCGACAGAGGAGAAUGACAACCUUUUGAAGGGAAUUAAACAACAAUUUCAGGAAAUGUUAACGCAAAACCUUUUCAGUGGGGAAGAUGUAGAUUGCCAUGAUAUGGAUAGCAUGCUUACAGAAAUCACACAUCGUGAAAUAUCAGCAGAGGAAAUCCGGUCAUUUCUUCCCAAGGUCAAUUGGGAACGCCUGGCUUCCAUGUAUGUCAUAGGCCGCUCUGGUCCUGAAUGUCAAUCAAGAUGGAUGAAUAGUGAAGAUCCUUUAAUAAACUGCGAGCCAUGGAGUCUGACUGAAGAUAAGAAGCUUUUGUAUACUGUUCAGAAUCGCGGGUUGAGUAACUGGAUUGAUAUUGCAGAUGCAUUGGGGACAAAUAGGACGCCUUUUCAAUGCUUAUCGCGUUUUCAAAGGAGUCUGAAUGCAUCUAUAAUAAAAAAUGAAUGGACUCCCCCUGAAGAUGAGGAGCUUCGUAAUGCUGUAGCUGAAUAUGGCGAGACCAAUUGGCAGCUUGUUGCUUCAACACUUGAAGGAAGGACUGGUACCCAAUGCUCGAAUAGAUGGAAGAAGUCAUUGAACCCAAUGAGGGAAAGAGUUGGGAAGUGGGCCCCAGAUGAGGACAAGCAUCUCAAAAUAGCUGUGAAGCUAUUUGGGGCUAAAAACUGGAACAAAAUCGCUAGAUUUGUGCCUGGCAGGACACAAGUACAAUGCCGAGAAAGAUGGGUUAAUUGCUUAGAUCCUGCACUUAACAUGAACGAGUGGACUCCAGAGGAGGAUUUAAAGCUGAAAUAUGCAAUUUCAGAACAUGGAUAUCUCUGGUCUAAAGUAGCUGCAUGUGUUCCUCCACGAACCGAUAGUCAAUGUCUCAGGAGAUGGAAGGUGUUGCUUCCACAUGAAGUUCCCAUGCUGCAAAGAGCCCGAAAGAUGAAAAAGGCUGCUUUAAUAUCUAAUUUUGUGGAUCGGGAACAUGCACGCCCUGCUCUUACUGUCAAUGACUUUGUUGCCCCUCUACUAAUUGAGUCGCCUCCUGAACCUAAUCAAGAUCAUAUAACCUCAGACAAUCAAAACCAAAGCUCGGAGCCACAGCAAUGUGAACCUGAAUCCUCAUUUGGAGCUGUUCCGAGAGUUAGAUCUAGGAGGGCAAGAAAGGUAAAUCCUACUGAAAAAGUAUUGAAAUUGAUUGAUGAAGAUGAAGAUGAAGAUGAUGGUGACAUGAAAGGCAGUAAUAAUAGAAUAUCAAAGAGGAAGCAAAGUUUGUCAAAACACAACCCAAACCCAAACAUCUCAUCUCAAGAGAGCGGAUUGUCGGAUCUAAAUGUUGAUGGGGACAAUUCCGAAAUUAAAAAGUAUGCCCGGAAGCGGAAACGAAGAGGCAAGAGAGAAGAGAAGGAGAUGAAUACGAAUAUCUUAAAUGAUUCCGGGAUGUGUAGAGAAACACCACCCAUAUAUGAACCUGAAGCGUCUCCAGACAUGUGCAUGACUGAAAUCAAAUCCCCAGAGGGUGAGGGUGCCAUCACCAUCGCUGAUAAUGAUAAUGAUAAUGAUAAGGAUAUUGAAAACAACAAGCGAAACCAACUAUCAUUGGAUCCAAACAAUGGUGCAGGAUCAACACCAUUUAAAACCAAAGCAGCCACCGGGAAGCGCAAGCGGAAACCAAGAGGCAACAAAGAAGAUGAGGAGGAUGGAACUUUCUUAAAUCAAAAGAAGACCAAGAGAAGCCAUCUGUCUCUUCCGACUGAAAAAAACAAGUCAAACAUCUCAUCUGGAGAGAUAUUCAACGCUCAACCUCACGAAUCCCACACCUGGAAGCAAAAACAAAGGAGGGGCAAUAACAACAAAAACAAAAACAAAAACAAACAACAUGACAAGACGGAUGAAGCUUUUGAACCUCUUGUUGCUGCCAUUUCAAAUAAAAAAACCAAAACCACCAACAGAAGACCCAAUCCCAAUCCCAAUCCGAAUCGUGGGGAAAUUGAUAUAUGUUCAUCAUCAUCUCCGACUGAAGCACCACCAGUACUGCCCAUCGAAAACACACCUUCCAAUACAACACCUAGAAAACGUAAAAUGCAGGGAGGAGAUGAUGAAGAGACAAUUGGUAGCUUUUUCGGAAGACUAAAGAGGAGAAGUUGUAUUAAGAUUGGUGAUGAAGAGACAAUUGGUAGCUUUUUUGAAUUUGGAACACUUGGAGCAAUCACCAUUACCAAUAAGCACCAAAGCGAGUUCUUCUUGGAGACUGUCACCAUUGAAGGAUUUGCAUGUGGUCCUGUUCAUUUCCACUGUAAUUCUUGGGUUCAAUCCACCAAAGAUCAUCGAAAACCCAAAAUUUUCUUCUCUAGUCAGCCAUAUCUGCCUAAUGAAACUCCAUUAGGAUUAAAGUCUUUAAGAGAAAAUGACCUUAAAGAUUUAAGAGAUAUGGGAAAUCACUAUAUUAGGCCAUCACUUGGAGGUGAUAAAAUCCGAUAUCCAAGAAGAUUCAAAACUGAACCUAGUGAUUAUGUAAACCCUGUCCAUCUCUCUCUCUCUCUCUCUCUCAUCCCACCUCCUACCGUCACAUCGCCUCCAAAGACGGCCCUUCGCUCAUGUUCUUCCUCAUCGUCGUUAUCUUUGGUCACCGUUGAUCUGGCAAUUGGAAUCGAUUUCUCGCAUGGAUCUUAUGAGUAUCAUCAGGAAACGCUUGAUAAUCUCCAAACUACCAUGGAUAACACCAGUAUUCUCUGUGCAGUUAUGCUCGAUACCAAAGCAGUGGAUUGCUCUCCUGUGAGUUCAAUAGCUGCAAACAAAGCUUCUUUUGUAAAUACAUCAACUUCUGGGUCACAAAAAAUACCUGUAAAUAAGAUGAUGCUGACAGAUUCACAGGAUCCUUCUGGGAGGAUGCAUGCUUAUUUGCAAGCUAAGCCUUCUAGAUACCAUGAAAGCAAUUCUGGUUUGAAUUCUUUGAGGUCUUCCAUCAGACAGAGAAGGAAUCCUAAGGAAACUACUGAUCUUACAAGUGUUCAGGAACUUAUUGAUAAAUUUGAACGUGGUUGUCACUCUGGUCUUUUGGACAAUGUAAGGAACUGCACAUAUGUUGGUAUGGCUGAUGAAGAUUUUGCUCUCCUUCAGCAUAAUACUUAUCUAUAUCUUGCCAAUGUUGUAAAUUUGAGCAAAGAGCUCAUGUAUCAACUGGUUCUGCAAGGAUUUGGUUACUUCAAUGCAAUACAGUUAAGUGAGCCUGCUCCAUUGCAAGAACUAAUCAUGCUGACACUAACUGAAGAAGAUCCAGAUUCACAAGGCGUUGAGAAUGAUGACUUAAAAGGAAAGAUUGCUCAAAUGAAUGCUAAGCUACUAAGCGAGAAAUCUGAAUUGCUGGAUGAAUAUUUUGGCAUUCAUGUGGAUCCACAAGCCAAUUUGUCAAGUCUUCUUGUCAUACUUGACCAGUACACACCUGACAUGGACCGUGCUCCAGAAUUUCUUCUUUGUCUCGGAAAUGAUGUGACAUGUAAUGAUGAGAAAGUUUGCUUUCAAACAAUUGCUGCUGCUCUUGGAAACUUCUAUGCUAUGCAUCCACCUCUAUUGCCAAAUCCAUUAGGUGAAGGAGUUUCACAUUUUUAUAAAAGACAAGGGAAAGGAAAUGUUUCAGGAGAUAAUGUUUUGACCUUUUUAAGGUUGAGUGGUCUGGAUGCCAUUAGUUUUGGAAAUGAAGUAGAAGAUGGAAUUAUUGCUGCUGAUCCUAACCUUUCAUCUUUAGUUUUAUGUAGUAAAGAUUUUUGUGAUGCAAAUGGUAUAAAAAAACAAUCACAAGUGAAUGACAUAUGA